CCCCACCCUCAGUCACGACUCUGUGUUAAAAAUGGUGUGAGUCACAACCACAGACACCAAAAAAAGUGAGUGCAGCACCAAACCCCAUCCAAAAAGAUGCUAUUAUUAAUUUAAUUUUCUUCUUUUGACCAUUAUGUUGUCUACGCGAUACAUUCAUAUAGAAUGCUUCCUAAACUAAUUCGGCUGUAUAAAAUUGAGUGUAAGAGUAUAACACAAUAGAAGCUGUCAUUCACAUUCAUUCAACUCCAGCUGUGUUGAUCAGGAUGCGCUUGGUGACGUCACUCGGUUUAGGCGGUCACUCCGAUUGCCUGCGUAGAAUACCGGCGUGCUCGCGUGCGUGUACGUGUGUUUUGUCCUUCAGUGAGACUGCACGCGACCUCCCGGUUGUCUGGUCAGCUCGUACCACACUUUUUUAUUAGAUUUUCCGGUAACUACACAUUAACAACAACACUAACGGCAUCUUUAACGACCGUUACUGAACCGUCAGUGUAUUUGUGUGUGGGGGGCCACACGCACGCGCUCUCUCUCUCUCUCUCUCCACACACUCACUUGCACAUCAGCCGUUACAACCAGCACACGCGCUCUCAAACACACCGCCAUCCUUGCUCGUGCCACACAGCUGGUUAGCUAGCUAAGCUAACGUUUCUCCUUUUCCUACCGGCGCCGUUGUGUUUUACAUUUAAUUUUCUUCGCCCCCCGUACUGUUAUGUGUGGACGUGAUCAUUGAAGUUAAAGUAACGGAUUAUCUGCAUCCCUCCUCGGCUGACCGGGAGCCGCCAUGGAGUGCCGUGUUCUGUCCAUACAGAGCCAUGUAGUCCGGGGAUAUGUGGGCAACAAGAGCGCCUCUUUCCCAUUACAGGUUUUAGGGUUUGAGGUGGACUCCAUCAACUCUGUCCAGUUCUCCAACCAUACAGGUUAUUCUCAUUGGAAAGGCCAGGUGCUGACAGCAGACGAGCUGCACGUUCUUUAUGAAGGAAUCAAACUGAACAACGUACACCAGUAUGACUAUGUUUUAACAGGGUAUACCAGAGACACAUCAUUCUUGGAGAUGGUAGUGGACAUUGUUCAGGAGCUAAAGAGAGCCAACCCCAACCUGGUGUAUGUCUGUGACCCCGUCCUUGGUGAUCAUGGAUCUAUGUACGUUCCCCAGAAUCUUUAUCCGGUCUAUAAGAACAAGGUGGUUCCUGUUGCAGACAUUAUUACUCCUAACCAGUUUGAGGCUGAGUUAUUGACAGGGAAAAACAUCAGCACAGAGAAAGAUGCUGUAGAGGUUAUGGACCUUCUCCAUGCUAUGGGCCCAGACACAGUGGUCAUCACCUCCUCUGAUCUGCCCUCCAGACUGGGAGACCGAUUCCUCGUGUCUCUGGGCAGCCAGCGCCAUGUUCGUCCCGACGGCAGCAGGACGACGCAGAGAGUUCGAAUAGAAGUCCCCAAAGUGGACGCCGUCUUUGUAGGAACUGGAGACUUGUUUGCUGCUAUGCUGCUAGCGUGGACACACCACUACCCUAAUGACCUAAAGACGGCCUGUGAGAAGACUUUUUCAGUGAUGCACCAUGUUAUCCAGAGGACCAUUUCGUAUGCUCAUGAGUUAGCAGGUCCUGGUCGGAGGCCCAGUCCGCCCCAGCUGGAGCUGAGGAUGGUUCAAAGUAAAGCUGACAUAGAAGACCCUGCUAUAGUUACGGAGGCCACAGUCAUAUCCUAACAGUACCGACUCAUAAGACUCAUACUAACCCUGUCCUCUUCACCCAUAAAUCUCUCAAAUCCAGUAUCUCGGUAAAUCUCUCAUCACUGUAAACCUUGACUGUCAUUUCCAAACUUCAACACCUCAUGAUCCAGACUCCUUAAGACCCUUAGUAUUGUAACCCCUGUAGUCCUUUCACCCUGAACCCUUUGAGUCCUCAGUGUCCUAACCCCUUAAACUGACCCCUGAACCUGUAACUCCCCCAGCCCUGUUUUGGAACUAGAGCCAUGGAUGGACAGAACGUUUUGGUCAGAGUGUAACUAGAAAACUGUGUCCACAAGCGUAACUUAUCACACUCUGUUUUUAAAAUACAUACUGAUAAUUAUAACAGGGUGUCACAGUUUAUUGUAAAACUCAUUCAAGGUCAGUAGAGGAAUGCUUUGGACAAAAGUGAUGUGAUUGGCCCCGCUCACACCUGGCAUUAACGUGUUUUGGGUGAUUCAGUCACAAGUGGACAGCACUGACACACCACAUUUGGAGGUGAUUAUAUUGCUAUAAUCUUUUAGUGUUCAGGGCUUGGCUUGGGCGCUAUCUGGUUUUUCAUAUGUCAUGCCUUUCCUACAUUUCCCUGUGGUUAAGGUAUAUGAUGGUAUUUAUGCUUGUAUGUAAAUACACAGCUGAUUACAGCGACUAUGGGCUCUCUGUCCAUUAAACUUGCAAAAUAAAAAUCGCCAUAAAAACAGCUUGGUCAGUGUUGGCAGGCUCCCCUUUAUCAUGAGGAUAACAUCCAAACAGGGACAGAGUCAUUUUUAGUUUCAAAAGUCCUGUAAGUCGCCAUGUUUCUUUGCUAAACUACCUAGAGACUGACCUCAAGUGUAAUCUGACUUUGUCCACGAUGUCUGAACAUUUUGGAAAGCCCAUCACGGCUGUGUAAAACAUCUUGGGCGACUUGUUUCGCCUGGAACACGCCAAGGAAUACAUCCAGCCUGUAUUGCUUCUUUUUAGUUUGGGCAGACGUGAGAUCCAAUCACAAAUGCAGCCAGAAGUAGCCAGUGAUGUCACUAUGUACUAUUGCACCCUGAACUACAUGCCUACAUUAAUGCAGUGAGGUGAGAAAUUAAAACAAAAAGAGGUAUAGCGGGAACAAUUUAUUGUUACAUUCAGAGAACAAAACACUGCAACAUUCUUGCAGUAUUUACCCAAAAGUUAUUAAUUCCAGCUGCUGAAUGAAACUCUACCUCUAAAUUAUUAAAUGUAGACGUGCCCGUUUUGUUGCUCUAUUACUGCCACUCCACUCAACUCAUUCUUAUUUCAGACAGACUUGCACUCUGACACAUUUGGUGGAACUAAAAGACUAAACGGACCAAACUCUGUUUAUCUAUGGCUCUGCCCACCACUAUUUCAACCCCUCCCCUGUCUUACAGCAGUGAUGUAAUGGUGACCAAGUCUAACCCCAUGAGACCCCUUGAAAAUAUAACAAAGGAAAAAAAAAACGCACAAUGUAUAGUUGAUGUAUAGAUGUUGUACUAUAAUUGUAUUGGACCAUCUGUAUGAUAUCUUCUAUCUGAUCUGUCUAUUGGACCAUUGUGUUGAUGCUACUGUACUAUAGACCACACGCACUACAAUAUCACCCAAACCAGAGACAUUUGGGCUGGUUCUGGCACUCCUGGAGGUUCCAGAGGCUCCAGGCGUUGUCACUUGUUAGUAAUAGGUAACUGUCUUAUUAGUCAUAGUAAAUAGUCAAACCUCUUUCAUCUCAGCACAACAUGAAGAAAAAACGGGCAACCUGAGCCGUCUGAGCCGUCCCCAGCCGGUUUAACGUGUGCUAGACCAAUCAGAAAGUUGGCUACCUCAGUGCCAGAACCAACCCAAAUCAUCGCCGGGCGGUUCCCGGCCCAGCUCUGGCCCAGAACCCUAUAUCUGAAAGCUGUGCCACUGAAUGACCUGGAGGCCUCGAGAAGGUGUAGAAGGAGAUCCCACCCUUCCCCCAUAUCCAGGAGCAAGUUUGUUUGUUGUAGAAAACUUCUUUUUUACUCCACUGCCCACUCCACUGUGGUGGAAAUGAUGCCAGUUUGUCAAAUUUUAAUGUGUUGUCAGGGGUUUCAUUUUUAAAAUUUUUUAAUAACUUAUUUAUUUGUUUUAGAGAUUAGAGAUCUGAAGUUCUAUCUGGACAAACUGAUGGCUGUUUGAAAUGACUGUUGACCUAUUCGCAAAACAUAGAAUAACUGAUCUAACUUGUUUUUUCUUUAAAUUUAACGAUUGUUUUUAUGUUAAUAUUCUUAUUAUAUAUGAUUUCUUCUAUUUUUGUGUAUAAAAUGCUGAUAAUCACAAAACCUAGUCAUGAUUAAAUUGCAGCGAUGUUGAUCGAUAUUUAAAAUGAAACCAUUUUUUAAAAAGCAGCAAAUUCUCACAUUUGAGAAGCUGAAAGUUAAUUUUUUGCAUGAUUAAUUGAUUAUCCAAGUGUAUAUAUACACAGUACUAUAUGAGUAAGCUAUGUACUGCUUUAAAUGACUGUUAACACUGUUAAAUCACAGGAUAUUUGUUAUCUGUCUUACAUAGUUUGUGAUAUCAGAAAAUCAAAGCUUACACACAGCACUCUGUGUGUUUUCUGGCUCAUUUAUUAGUUGCUAAAGUAACAAGGUACCCUGAAGCAAGGAUACCAGAGUCAAUCUAAAGUAUCAUGGUGGCUAUUUAUAAUUAAUUAUUAAUUAAACCACAAGCGGCAUCAUUUCCUGUCAGCCUGUUACAAUAUUCUGUUAACCACAGUGGAGUGUAGUUGGAAAGAGGUGAGGAGAACGUGACAUGCGACAGUGGUCAUGAGCCGGUUUCAAACCAGUGAUGUCGCAAGAACUUGGCAUGUGCCUUAGCCCGCCGAGCUACCAGGGCCCACAGGAGAGGAGAGUCUAAUACUUUUCAGUUACCCCUGAAUCUGUCUAUCCCCUGAUUUGAAUGUUCAGAAUAAAACAUCUGAAAUUGAAAUUAACCUUGCUUACAGUUUUGGAUAAAAAAAAACAAAUGACCGGAGGCUUAAAAAAACAAAACAAAAAAGAAAAUUAAAUCCAGACGGCGUCAGUGUCCCACCUGAGCUGGAUGUAAGGUUCUGGGCAGGCCAGUGUAAUUCUGUACUGCUGUUGUUUCUCUAUGGACUGUACUGUGAUACUGCCUUAGGAACCUAACAUCAUAACACCACAAAUACUCUCUGAGGGAGAGGUGGAGAGGGGGGGAGGAUGGGGGAGGAAGGAAACAUGACUUGUCUUAAAUGUAGGUACUUUUGACUGCAAACUUAUGUUUUACACUGUGUCUGAAAUGAUGAAGAAUUGAGAUUGCAUAUGCUUAAUUUAUAUUGGAUCCAUUAAAAAAGUUGUUUUUCAUUGACAUUUAAUUUAACCAAAUUGUUCAUUUGGUUUUCCUGACAAACACCAAAACCCAAAGCUAUUAAAAUUGCAAUGAUUUACAAAAAAAAAAGAAAAGUAACAUCAUAAUUUUUCUUGAUAAAUGAUUUAAACAAUAUUUUUUUCUGAAUUUGACCACUGAAAACCUUCCUUUUCUUUCUAGACUUUAAAGACUAAAAGGUAAUCUGUAAACACCUCUCCGACUAAUGGUGGAAAAAAUGCAGUGUCAUUUUUAAAAUUGCAAUAGUUCAUAUUGAUUUUGUACUAGUGCAGUUAUAUUGUGCCACUGUAGCGCUGAUUGUCAUAUCAAGAACAGACCAACGUGUCUGUGCGCUUGUCGGCCAACCAGCUUUAAGCUCUGCUAUAAUCAACAUGUGCACUAUUCAAUCCUUUGCUUCCUGCUAACAAACCAGUCAGCCGUAUUAUUGGGUCAAAAUGUGUCUACCUUGUGUUAAAUGUGUGUGUGUGAGAGUGUGUAUGUGUGUGUGUAUAUAUAUAUGUCCUUUAUGGUCACAGGGUUUUGUGUGUAUGUGUGUGAAAUGAAAGAGGAAAUCCCAGAGAAGUAAAAAGACAGGGGCCGAGGGAGGAGGAGGGUUAAAAAAAGACAACAAAAAAGAGACAGGAAUAGCGUGCAUGAGGAGGGGAGGUGAGGCAUGUUCAAGAGGACAAUCAUUCUGUGAUGUUACGCAAUGUUGCACGACUCCCUUUUCUUCUAUCUGCUGAACAAAAAAAGGGGGAUUGAAUCUUCAUGAUGCCUCACGUCCCCUCUUUCUCUUCCUCCACCCAUCAUCGAGCAAAUAUCAAAAGAAUCUGUCCUCCCUGCUUCCCUGCAGUGUCAAUCAUCGUGUCUGUGUCGCUAGUUUUUAAACCUUAGCCUUGCUGUGUGUGUGUGUGUGUGUGUGUGUGUGUGUGUGUGUGUGGUAGGUGGUUGUACUGUACCCCGACUCCCUUCCAUCUCUCUGCUAGAAGGUCACUACUGUCCCUGCCUUCCAUACAGCUCUCACCUUAAUCUCCGCUUGCUUGCUGGGUCUUUUGUGAUACAUCUUCCCUGCACUCUUGUUUUUUAAAAAAAGCUGCUGUUAUCUUUACCUAAAUUCUUACUGCUGUUGCUUAAAUACACCACAUCCAAUUUCCUCCACUAAACAUCUGGAUUGAGUUGCACCAGCUCUUUGUAAUUAAAAGUUUGUGCUAAUCAAGAGCAUUUGAAACCUGUUUAAAUCCAGUUGCACCAUUAAAAAAAUCAUCUCUGAAAACAAGGAGUCACUGUACAAUAAAAGCUAUGACAUAACUUUAUAAAAAUAUAAAUUCAAGAGGCCAACUAAUCUAAUAAAGUCUAAUAUAGUAAAAUGUAGGAUUGAGUGCUUUAUUCAUACAUGAAUAAAUGUGGGAGCUUAAUAGAUAUUGCUAUGAGUAACCGGAUCCUACAUGAACACUCAAUUUUCUGCCAAAGUUUGAACAUUUUCUGGUAUUUUGCAUUAGACCUUUUCUUUUUGAUAUAAGUGUUUAACUUUAAAAUAUUUCCUUUUAUUACUUGUGGUCAUUACAUCUGACGUAAUAUUAGGUAUAUUGUAUUUUUUGUUAAAUAUAAUUGAAUCUUUUACCAGUUUCUAUCAGAAAUGAACAGCAUUUUUAAUUAUCAGGUCACUUAAUCUGUGACUUAAAUCUAAAUUGGUGGAAAGCUAAUUUUAGAGCUGUCAAUUUUUGUUCAUGCCGUUUGUGUCAGUUACACCCAGAAAUGACUGGAUGUAAAUACAACAAAUCUCUACAAAGUAAAACAUUUGUGUGGUGCAACCCGUUUUAAUGUAGUAAGCCCCUUUUGGAUCAUUAGGAUAAGUCUGAAUUUACAAACAGCUGGUGAAACUGCUUACUAAUGAACUUGGCUGCCUUUGGGCGUCAUCAAACAGAAUUGAAAUGUUUCUUUUAUUGUGACACAAAAAAGCAAAAAUAAUGGUUGCUUUAUGUUUAGUUGUUGAUGUGAAGUAAACUAAAGAUGAACUGGAGAUUGAAUAGUCAAACAAUAACCAGACUGAUUGAGUCACACAGCAGCAGUGGAAACUGUCCUGUGUGACCUUUCACCUCUGUCUGUGCUUUAGAUGUGACCGAGCCCUGUCAUUUGCUUGCUGCUCACCACGCUCCCCCCUCACAUCUCCUUCUCUGUGCACCUGUUGUGAUAGACCCUCCCUCCCCUCAUCCCUGUCCGUUUGGUUACAAAAUGGCUGCCACUAAAAACUGCAACGGCCCGACCGCCUGUCUUCGACCGUGGUCCUCUCCUCUCCUCCUGACUGACAGUUUCGUCUCCGCCAUAUUGUUUUUCUUUCUUUUUAAUUUCUGUUCUUGGUGGCCAAAACAAAAACAAACGAGGAAAUGUAAUAAUCAUUGUUUGGUAACUGUUUUUAGUGCUAUGUUUUUGGAGCGUUACGAGUAUUUUCUAACAUGUUACAAUAAAAGAUUGUAGUGUACAAAUUCACAUUUAUAAAAUAUAUAUAUAUAGAUAUAUAUGAGAAAUGUAUGUUCUAAUGCAAUAAAGAGAGAUUAAGAAUUAUGAAAA